GUCCGAGUUUGUGCGAGAAAUGAACUACUACUCUUGGGCUGCGGUGAGGAUCAUACAGUUGGAGUUGUAUGGUGUAUUAGAAGAUGAGUUUAUUUGUACAAAUCCAGCUUAAUUGAAAAGCAAACUACAAUAAAUGCUAUACAUAAUUCUAAACUGUUUUCUACAUAAUUUUUGUCAAAUAAACAGCAGUUGGUCAAUCCCAAUGCCUGUCAAGACAGUAUCAUGAAACAUGCCCUCAAGUUCCCAUCCAGCCUACUAUUCUAAUCCAAAUAGUGUAUUACCCCAAGAAUCCAUAUCGAUGCAAACAUAUUACUACAAGAACAGUGUCCCCGUAUCCGGUUUGGGUCCAAACCCAUCAACAGCGACUCCCCGUGCAUCAGCGCUCCCUCAACAAACAUCCCUAACUACAAAUAAUCAUUUAGGUGUUCCUGGAUCCGCCCGUUUAUCAUCCCAGUCACCUCAUAAUGGUCAUCCAUAUGGGAAUUUUCGAAAUAGUCAGUCAAAUGGUCUUCCUAAUAACCAAGAUGUAAUGUCGGUUUCAAUGCACGCCCCAUCAAAUUAUUAUUAUUGGCCUUCUGGGACUACACCUGGACCUAACACUACGCCAUACAACUACAGUGAUGUUUCGUCACAUACAUAUGCAACCCCUACACCAGUAUCCAAACCAAACAAUACAGCUGGUUAUCUUAACCCUAAUAAAAAUGGUCUGACUAACAAAAAUAGUCCAUCCAAUCGGGUAACUCAGCAGUUAAAGAAUACGACAUCUAAUUCAAGUGGCAGGCCGUUAUGGAAAGAUCGACCACAUGUUGGGAAAUAUAGUUUAAUCCAAACUAUCGGUAAGGGAAACUUUGCAAAGGUCAAACUUGCCCAGCAUUUGACAACCGGAAUGAAGGUUGCGGUCAAGGUAAUCGACAAGACAUUAUUGAAUCACUCAAGUCUACAGAAGCUUUUUCGUGAAGUUCGUGUUCUAAAAAGCUUGAAUCAUCCGAAUAUAAUUAAUAAAUUAAAACUGAAGAAUGAGGAAGAGUAAAAUCAAUUCAGAGAAAAGAAUCAAGUAAAGCGUUGUCAGUAUGGAACACAUAUUGACAGUAUAUAAAAAAAUUAUAUGAUCCGAUAAUCUAUAACAUGAGAUUGCAAUGAAUAAUAUUGUCUACCAAGUGAACAAACAGAUUUUUAUUUCCUUAUACUACUAAUAUUAACAAUUAAUCGUUUCAAUCCUACGCAUCAUAAUUAACAUAUAUAUUUAAUGAACUGAAUCAAGCAAUAAAAAUUUAUAGUAAUGAUUGGUAACUUUGUACUGUUAUCCAAUUUCGGUAACAGAAAACAGACACAAAGAGAAUAUUUAACUCAUUACUGUAUUUAUGUUUGUUCAGCAUCGACAAUUAACCAUCUCUUCUAAUUAUUACAAUUGUACCAUUUUCAUUAUUUUGAAACUAUAUCGCUUAAUUUGAAAAGUUAAAAUAAAACUCAUAACCUAAGAACUAUGAGUUAUUUUCAUAAGCUUUGUAUUGUCCAAAUGCUUAAUUAGGUUGAUUAAUUGUAACGUAAUAAUACACUUUAAAUGAAAUAAAUGUGAACAUUAUCAACAAGGUUUGUAUAAAUAUUACUACGAAGAAAAGAGCAUUUAUUCUAUAUAAAAUAUAGAAUGAUUAACAACCGAUUUUUUAAAAGAUGAUACUGAUUUAGUUGACCUGGGUCAAUCCAGGGUAGUUUGUAUUGCAUUAAUUCAAUUAUCUACCAUCAAUAUUUAAUCUAUGUUAAUUACUCAUAUUUUAAAACAAGAUUUUUCUUGGUAAAAUUUCUUGUUAGUUUAUUUAUCUACAAUUAACGACUGGGUUGUUACCCAUCAACUGAACAUUUUGUUGAUAAAUUCUCAUAGGAAAAUAAAUUGAUUUAAAUAAUAAUGCAAUAACUGCUUAAAUGUUGAUGCAUUAUGUUGCACUUACAUGUAAAAAAUUAUUGUUAUUUUACCUAUCAUGUGAACAGUUUAGUUGUAUUUCGUGAAGUCUCCUUCUAGUCAGUUUAUAACUAUUAUAUCUAAUUCCAACUUUAACCUACUCUGUUCAUUCAUUCACUUUUAGAAAAAACAAUGUAGUAUUCAUAUGAUAUGAUUUCGAAGAAAGUAAUGUUUAAAUUGUCUUGAAUAAUUUCUACACUGUAUAUUAAUUGUUACAUAACUAGCCUAUUUUUUGUGGAAUAUUUUUGGAUAAUAGACAAGUUAUGGUAGACUAAUCAUACGAAUUCAAGCAAUGUGUUUGAAUAACUUACCAACUAAUUGUUCAAAUGUAUCAGAUCUAUCAUCAACAUAACUAUGACCGGAAUAUAAAUACAUUGUAAUGCAAAAGGAACUUGACUACCUAAAUAACCAUGGAAUUCACAAAUCAGUAGCAUAAGUUAGUUCGUUAAAUGCUGAAACAUUCUCAAAGUAAGGCACUAUUAACUACACUUUUAGAUUUAUUGAAAUGAAUCAGUAAAACAAGCCACAACAACUUUCCCAUGCGUUUUAAAACUAUCUUGUUUUCCUUUUGAAGAAAGUUAACGAUUAAGUGUAUUUCCAAAAUUUUAAACAAAGAAGAAUUUAAGUAAGUGCCUUUUUCUAAACAAAAAAAUAAAUCACAUGGCAAUUCAACAUCUGAAUACAAGAAAAUACACUUGUUUAAUUGUUUGUUUUUUGAUGGACUAUCUUACAGUAAAGAGAAGUAAAAAAAAGAUUCUUUUCAAUUUGAGCAAUCAUCAUUAUAUGAAAUAGAUUAGGUAGUGAUUUAAUUACCUUACUUACUAUACCUUAUAACCACAUGUGCUUAGCAUAGAUUCAAUCUCAAAUGAUAUGUAUUUGAAAGAGUGGAUAAAUAGAAAGUGAAGACAUUGAAGUCACUAGUGUUCACCUAAAGAGCGUAAUAGAUGAGUUACGAUUCAAAUCCUACAACUUGAUACCUAAAAGUCAAUCAACCCAUUAAAAAUAAUGAUAUGUGUAUGAAUGAGAAAUUUAGUAUAGAUGGGUAAAAGAAAAUGUUUUUUAUUCCGUUUAAAAACUGUCAAGAUGAUUAAUAUGAAUGAAUAACCCAAAAAUUCGAUGAUCAAAACAGUCCUCUUAAAGAAUAUACACAAACUACUUGUCUUAUAUUAUGAGAUACUCCACGUAAGACUUUUUUGCUGAGAACUCGGAAAGGAGCUGAUUUAAAAUACAACAAGUGACAAUAAUACAGCUUAAGAUAAUACUUUGAAUUUUAAAUAUCACCAUACAAAUGAAAUAAAUAGGUGGAUCAAUUGAAGCAUUGGUCAAUUAACCGUGUCCAGUCUAUUUAACAACGCGUUUCUGAAGAAGAAAGCAAGCAAUGGUAUAGAGGACAACAGGAUCGGUUGUGAUAUAAAUAUGUGCAACACUUAUUCUCAACUAUCUAAAUUAUUCGACUACAGAAAAACCAUAGGUGUGAAACCUACUCAAAAUAAUCCCAUUGGGAAAUGUAAGAAGCUUAUUUGUUGUUAAUGAUCUGUACAUGAAAGCAUAUUAUUUAUUGAAUUACAAGGAUAAUGGCUGGGACUAGUUAAAGUCCAUUCUACUUCAUAAAUAACAUAGUCUUGAUACUUAGCUUCGCUAAUCUGCAUAAGUAGAGUUAAUAAGUAAAUUGGCUAGUUUGUUAAAUCAUAAACAGUAUACAAAUCAACAAGAUAAAUAUAUCUAUCAUUAAUCCUAGUUCAUAGAAUGUUUUUCUUAAUAAAAGAUUUGCUUUUUACUAAGUGGGUGGUUUUCAACUGUGUACACUUUAGUAAAUGGAAUGACAGUAUUUUUUACAACUUUCAGUAGAGAUUGUUUUAAGGUUUGUAUAAAGACAGCUUUACAAAGUCUUCAAAUGAUGAUGAAGAUUUACAGAACAGAUGAGUCUUUUGAUGGUGUAUAUGUUAAUCAUAGUGUUCAGAACGAUAGCUAGUCAGUCAAUAAGCUACAACGUAGGACCAGGAACAUAUAUACAUCGGUCCAAGUUGCCAGACCUCAUUAGCACAAGAAGAUCAUCACCGGAUUCAUAAGAGUAGUUAAGUCAAUGGUGGUAAUAUAUAAAACAAGGAUUGUGUGUAAGGAUAUAAUACAGGAAGAAUGGAUUAGUUCAUGUAAAUAAAGGUAUAAAACAAUUUUAAUCUUACUGUUUAAGGACAGACAAAGGGUGUAUACACCGACGCCAUUGUGAUCGAUUCUCAGCCAUGUCACCCAGAGUCUCCAAUCAUUGGUUAUGACAGUCACGUGGACCCCAACCAAGUAGUCUGCAUCUACCAACAUGGCUCAGAUUAGAAGGUAGUGACUUCAAGCACUGAUGCCACGUUUUGGUUUGGCCACCCCUAACUUUCUUCCAACCAUCCCCAACACCGGUUAGCAUUGCACGUCGUGGUAAUCGGUGUUCAGGCAUACGUAUUACGUAGCCUAACCAUCUUAGUCGAUGAAGAUUCACAACCUCAUCAACUGAUUUACCAUCAUUCCCUAAUACCAUGGGUCUAACGUCACUAUUAUUUACUCGGUGAUCCCAGCAGAUGUGAGCAAUAUUUCUAAGGCAUUUGUGACCAUAUAUUAGUAACUUACGAGUAUCCUGCACUCUUAAUGGCCUUGUUUCGCAGCCGUGAAGCAAAACAGAACGAACUACCACCCAGUAUACUCGUCCUUUAAUUGGUUGACGGAUAUCUCGCCUUCGCCAAAGGUGACGUAAGUUGGCGAAAGCCAAACGAGCUUUUCGAAUCCGUGCUGAGAUUUCGUCAGACACCAACCCAUUAGGGUUGAUCAGUCUUCCGAUGCAGCCACGACCAGGUCUGAAGCCAGCCUGAUUUUCUUUUGUUUACAGUUCACGAGUCUUAGUUAAUUGUCCGAUAAUUAUUAAUGCUACUAUACAUUGAUAUUUCCUGAUCAUUGGACUCGUGUCUUAAUAUUCGUUAUAAUCAGGUUUAUUUACCGAAGUUGUUUUUUUUGUUGGUUUAUUAAAUCUCUGUUUUCCAGUGUUUUUCCUCCAAGCGCUUCUUGUUUUCAUAAAAGUUUUUUUAUUAGUUUCGGGUCUUUAUCAAUUAUACUUAAGCAUGAAUGAUUUGUUCGAAGCUUCUAAAAAUGUGGGUAACUGGUUGGUUAGUUGGUGCUUUGGAUCGAACGUAACCGCUGAAGGAUUCUUGAAGCUUUUUUUAUGUCCGUUUAUUAUAGGUGUCGAUUUUUGUUUUAAAUUUACCUUGAAAAUAUAAAGCUUUUUAAAUGUGAAUGUAAAAUUUUGAUGUCUUAUGAAGUGAUUACUAACUUGUCACACAUACACAUAGAUCUUUUGUACGAUGUACGUGGUAUUAUUUUUAAAAAAAAACUUUCGAAUAAAAAUUUUAUUUUAGUAGUUUGUAUUGUUGUACUAUUUGGGUCUUAUUACUCCCUUUUUUACCGUUUAGUACAUGAGUUGUGUUUUUCGUCAUGUCUUGUCUUCUGCUUUGUCGUCUUAACCUACACAUGUAGAAAUUCUAGCUCUGCGC